ACCAUCUUGCACAAACCGCGAUCUACCCAACUGAUUAACAGCAUGUCGGGGGAGUGGUCAGUUGGGCUCUGUGGCUGCUUCGGAGAUGUCCGCACCUGUUGCUUAACUUGCUGGUGCCCCUGUAUUACAUUUGGCCAUGUUGCUGAGGUUGUGGACAGAGGCUCCACAUCCUGCUGCAUGAACGGGACCCUGUAUGUUCUGCUGUUGUCGAUAGGUUGCCAGUGGUUGUAUACUUGUAGCAAACGCUCCUCAAUGCGGGCGCAAUACAACUUACAAGAAUCGCCCUGCUUGGACUGCUGCGUCCACUUCUGGUGUGACACAUGCGCGCUGUGCCAGGAGUACAAAGAGCUAGAGAAACGCGGCUUCAACAUGGCCAAAGGAUGGGAAGGUAGCAACAAGAUGGUGGGGUGUGUACAAGGGAUGAAACCACCACGAAAGCAAUCAAUGUGCUUCUAGGACAGCAUAACUCCAGUGUUUGCCGGGCAUGAUUAUUGGCACUUCUGUUUCAAUUGUUUUCUUUCGAAAUCUCCAUUUCCCUAUGUUUCCUAGUCUUCCAAUAAGGAAAAGAAAGGCAUCCUUAUGAUGAUAUUAGCUUCAUUUGGUAUGAGUCAGAUGGAUAAUUACCCGCAGGAGCCAGUAACUAGUUAUGUUCAACACGAAAGAGAGAACCAAAUAUUCC